AUGACCUACAUACGGGGCUCCCAAUGGCCGACGACAGCGAUAGUGGAUGGCUGUGGUAUUCCGAAACAUCUCAGAAUUCGAUUGGAGAAGUGACAUACACCAAUGCCAUUUUAGACCAAGCAGUAGCUCAUACCAGCAUGGCUGAGGCAGAUCUGAAGGCAGAUACACAGAGCCCUACAGCCAACCAGAGGUUUUCUUACUCACGCUCCAGUAGUAUAGGCUCCCUGCCUGGCAUCAGUCAUUCUUCAGCCUCCUCUGCACACAACACAGAUGAUGAGGACAGUGAUACACAGAGUACCAGUAGUAAAACGGCCAGUAACUACAAGGACAGGAGAAGAGAAGCCCACACACAGGCGGAACAGAAGAGGAGAGAUGCCAUUAAGAAAGGCUAUGAUGAACUGCAGACCAUCGUCCCCACAUGUCACAAUGCAGUGGAUGCUGUGGGUACACAGAAACUGAGUAAAGCAGCCGUACUUCAGCGAUCAAUUGACUACAUCCAGUAUUUGGUGCAACAGAAAAAAAAGCAGGAAGAGGACUUGGAGUCUUUGAGAAAAGAGGUCUUGGCCCUCAAGAUCAUGAAAGCCAAUUAUGAACAUAUAGUGAAAGCUCACCAGAGCACUCCACAGCAUGGCCAGAACCAGGUGCCAGAUGAAGUCAAAUUUCAAGUGUUCCAACAAAUGAUGGAUGCCUUGUUUCAAUCCUUCAAUGCCUCAAUCUCAGUUGCCAACUUUGCAGAACUCUCUGGCUGUAUUUUCAGUUGGCUGGAGGAGUACUGCAAACCACAGAGCCUGAGGGAGUUGGUGCUUGCUGUUCUCAGACAGACCACAUCCCAGAUGAACCUUUGAUACAAACCAGAUACCAGUACAGAUAGACUUCCAGCUCAGAAAGACAAUAACUGGGUCAUAUUCCAACCAGGGCCUUAUUUCAAAAAUAUUUCAGCUUGAAAGUAGGCCUUGGCUAGACCUACUUAAUUCAUAAACCAGUUUGCAUUUCACAAAGAAAAAAUAUACCUCUUCCUAUUUGAGAACCCCUCUUUGAAAUCAUGUGGCCCAUGGCAUGAAUACUCUUGACAUGCACUCUUUGGUAGCAGGUCUUAGAAACCCACAUGAAUAUCAUGCUUAUAUCAUAAAUAACAGCAUCUGGCACUGUGAGCAUACA